AUGCGUUUCGCAAUUGUGAUCUUCGCGGCGGUUUUCGCCCUCACGGCGGCUGAAUACCAAUCAUACGAUGGGUAUCAAGUGGUGACCAUUAAAGUGGAUUUGCCCGCGAAAGUGGAUCUUCUGUUCCAAUGGCAAGAGCAGGGAAUCGACUUCUGGGACAGCCUGAACUCAAUCGGUCGCCCGACGAGAGUCAUGAUUCCUCCGCAUCUCCUCGAAGAGUUUCCCGCCUUCCUCAGGGAAAACGAGAUUUCCUACGAACUCUCGAUUCCUAAUGUCGAAACUGUCAUCGCGGAGGAGCGAAGAGUGAACAUGGAGAGAAGAGCGAUUGCCAUGAUGAAGAAGGCGAAUUCGCCACGAGCAACUGCGGAUUUCUCUUACUAUUGGCAAACGGAGGAAAUCAAUCAAUAUCUGCGUGAACUCGCUGACGAAUUUCCCAAUUUGGUGACCCUUGAAGUCGCAGGACAGAGUUAUGAAGGACGCGAUAUUUACGUUGUCAGAAUUUCUAAUUCGAACUUCGAUGGCACUAAGCCUAAGGUUUUCAUCGACGCCACAAUUCACGCUCGCGAGUGGAUCGCUCCGAUGGCCGUUCUUUAUCUCAUUCACGAAAUUGUUCAACAUUCGGCUGAUCAUCCCGAAUUCUACGAAUGCGAUUGGAUCAUCAUACCAGUGGCGAAUCCUGACGGAUAUCAGUACAGCCACGACAGCGAUCGCAUGUGGAGAAAGACUCGCAGAAUCAAUGAUGGAAGCACAUGUAUUGGAGUCGAUGGCAACAGGAAUUACAGAUAUCGUUGGGGCUACGGAACUGGAAUCAGCACCAAUCCUUGCUCAGAAAUUUUCAUCGGUCCUGCGCCAUUCUCUGAGCCCGAAACCGAAAUAGUCUCAAAUGAAUUGGGAAGAGAUUCUGGUGUUCGUUUGUAUCUUAGCUUCCACUCUUUCGGAGAUUGGUUGCUUUUCCCUUGGGGAUACGAUCGCAUUUAUCACGCUAAUCACGAUCAAAUUUUGGCGCUCGGGAACAUCGCUGCUGAUGCAAUCUAUAACGCUCACGGACGUCGUUACACUGUUGGUAACUCUGCGAUUCUCCUCUAUCCGGCUGCUGGAGCCAGUGAUGACUACGCUGCCGGAGAGCAUCAUAUCGACUUUUCUUAUACGGUCGAGCUUACUGGAGGUGGAACUACUGGAUUUGAUCUACCACCAGCUCAGAUUCUCCCUGUUUCCAGAGAGAUCUUCACUGGUCUUCGCGCCUAUGCUCAAAAUAUUGCUGACUUCUACUAAAGCAAUAAAUUUGGUCUUUGACUUUUGAACCA